AUGUCAAAACCAGAAUCACGGAUCGCCAUCAUUGGCAUGGCCUGCCGUCUUCCCGGCGGUGCUGAUAGCCCAGAAAGUCUCUGGUCUCUUCUCGCAGAGGGAAGAGACGGUCGAACAGAAGUCCCUAAAUCUCGCUGGGACUGGAAAUCCUUCUACAACAAGAACCCCGACACAAGAGAUGCUACAAACUUUAGUCAUGCCUAUUUCUUGGACGAAGAUGUAUCAGCAUUUGAUGCGCGAUUCUUCAAUAUUCCAGGCACUGACGCAGCAUCUAUGGAUCCCCAGCAAAGGUUUCUGCUGGAAGUGACUUAUGAAGCACUUGAAAAUGCAGGCCUACCCAUUGAGCAAAUGCGUGGGUCUGAUACAUCUGUCCAUAUGGCCAUGUUUUCAAGAGAUUAUGACCGCAUGGGUUAUAGAGAUCUAUCGCAAGUGAGCAUGAGCCAUAUCAUCGGAGCCGGAGAGGCUAUUCUUGCGAACAGAAUCUCCUACGUUUUAGACUUGAAGGGAAGCUCCAAUACUCUAGACACUGGAUGUUCCGGUGGUCUCGUAGCACUGCACCAAGCGUGCCAAACGCUAAGAGCAGAUGAGGCCACAAUAGCUUUGGCAGGAGCAAGUCAACUCCUGCUCACACCUGAUCAAUCUAUGGUCAUGUCACAACUCACCAACAAAGAUGGAAGAUCGUACACCUUUGAUGAUCGAGGCGCAGGUUACGCCCGAGGUGAAGGUGUGGGCGUUCUUGUUCUCAAACGACUAGAUCGCGCAGUCGCAGAUGGCGAUUACAUCCACGCCGUCAUGCUGGAGUCGGGUGUUGGUCAUGAUGGAAAGACAUCUGGUAUCUUUUUACCAAACUCCUCGGCUCAAGAAGCCCUGGCCCGCUCAGUCUACGAAAGGGCUGGCCUUGAUCCUGUUGAGACACUAUUCGUCGAGGCGCACGGAACAGGAACUGUGGCUGGCGACAAUGCCGAAGUUGGAUCUAUCGCUAGAGUAUUCGGCCGUGAAGCUGGACGAACUACUGAGCUACCUGUCGGAAGUAUCAAGACGAACAUUGGUCAUUUGGAAGCGGCUAGUGGCGUGGCAAGUGCAAUCAAGGCGAUCAUGGUACUCAAGAAGAACCAGAUCCCACCACAAUUGAACUUCUUGAAGCCUAAGCCAGGGCUUGAUCUGCAGCAGAGAGGGAUCAAAGUUCCUCUAGAGCUGAUGCCUCUCGCGUCGGAGGAUCACCAAGGCCCUCGACGAGUUUCAGUCAACAGUUUCGGUUAUGGAGGAACCAACGCUCAUGCCAUCCUUCAAGCUUAUGACCACGAGUCUCAGUCUCAAACUGGUGAGAGAGAUGAGGAGAAACCGUUCGUUCUAUCUGCAAACUCCGAAGCAUCACUCAAGAAGCUCAUUGCCAACACCCGAGGAUGGCUACAGUCAGAAGCAAGCCAGACUGUAUCCUUUGAUGACCUGGCUUACACUCUCAAUGCCCGUCGCUCAAAACUCCCAUGGCGGUGUAGUGUCGUCGCAAAAGGCAUCCAGGAUCUUGAUGCGGCUCUUGCAGAUCCCAAGCUACAUCCCGUCAAAUCAUCUCGCGACGUUGGACUGGCCUUUGUCUUCACAGGUCAGGGCGCUCAGUGGUACGCCAUGGGUCGUGAGUUGCUCAUCGCUUCCCAAUCCGAUGACUUUUCCUCAUCUAUUGCACUUUGCAGUGCCGCAAUGAAGGCACUAGGAUGUGAGUGGGAUCUAGUCGAGGAGCUCUCCCGCGACGAAGAGUCUUCACGACUGGGAGAGGCCAGAUUCGCCCAACCAGCCACUACAGCAGUUCAAAUUGCUCUAGUCGACCUUCUCGCCAAUACAUACGGCGUCAAGCCUGAGGCCGUAUGCGGUCACAGCUCUGGCGAGAUUGCAGCCGCUUACGCUGCUGGGGCACUAACGAGGGAGGCGGCCAUGCAGAUCUCUUACAUGCGAGGUAUCUGCUCUGCAAUAGCAAAGACGAUGAACGUGACACAAGGUGGAAUGUUGGCGGUUGGAGAAGGACCAGAAGCCAUCAGUAAGCGCAUCAGCAAGAUUGACAGUAGCUUCGGUAAGAUCACGGUGGCUUGCGUCAACAGCCCUGAGAGCACCACCAUAUCUGGAGAUGUUGCAGCUCUAGAUCAACUCCAAGCUGUCCUCGUGGAGGCGUCCGUUUUUAACAGGCGCAUCAAGGUUGACUCGGCUUAUCAUUCCCAUCAUAUGGAGGCUGUCGCGCCGUCUUAUCUUUCUUCUCUAGACGGACUUGUCGCUGGAGAGCCGCGCGAUGCCGCAUUUUACUCGUCUGUCACUGGAUCGCGCAAGAUAUCUGGCUUUGGUGCCGAGUAUUGGGUGUCCAACCUUGUCUCACAGGUCAAGUUCAGUACUGCCUCGCAACUUGUAGCGCAGCACCUUUCCGACGCACACUCCUCUGGUUCCAACUUAUUGGUUGAGAUUGGUCCUCAUGCUGCGCUUUCGGGACCUCUUAGACAAUCCCUGUCUGACACCAACUUCAAGUUAGACUCUGGAGCAUCUUUCAAGUACACCUACGCUCCAUGUCUUGUCCGAAAUACAAGCGCAGUCAAAUCCACACUUGCGCUACUUGGUAAGGUCUUUGAGUCUGGCAUUCCUGUUGAGUUCAACAGCAAGACGAAGGACCAAAAUCUUCGCGUCGUUCCUGGGCUCCCUUCGUACCCUUGGGACCACAGCAACACCUACUGGCGCGAGUCUCGUCUCAGCAAGAACAACCGCCUGCGUGCUUUCCCACCCCAUGAUCUCCUCGGUCUUUUCGAAGUUGCAAGUUCACCAUAUGAGCCGCGAUGGCGUUACCACGUCAGUCUUGCCAACACACCUUGGCUCCGUGACCAUGUUAUUGAGGGAUUCAUGAUCUUCCCUGGAGCUGGUUAUCUGAUCAUGGUUAUUGAGGCCAUGAAGCAGCUGUUUCAGCUACGCAACAUGUCGGGACGAAUUACGAACGUGAACUUCCAGAACAUUAUCAUCGCGAACCCUGUUAUUAUCCGCGACGAUGACAACACGAAAGAAGACCAAGUGGUAGAGCUGCAACUCAUUAUCAGUCCUUCGCGACAACAUUCUGGUAGUUCUUGGGAGCACUUCCGAGUCAUUUCCUACGACUCUCAGAAUGACUCAUGGGUUGACAACUGUAGUGGUCUGGUGUCAUGGGACUCUGUCGCUGAGACCAAUUCUGCUUCUCAAUUGCAGAUUGAUGAGUUCGCUAUUGUCCAUGGUGACGAUGGCUUGGGUCAUUUGUCCAAGGUUGCUGCUGAGAAAUGGCUACACGAUAUCGAGGCAGUUUGUCCUACGUCUCUUGAUGCUGCAGAGACAUACGAAGAUCUCAAGAAUGCCGGUAACGAGUAUGGUGAAACCUUCCAAGGCAUGAGAGAGAUCCACGUUGGCGAUGGUUUCGCAACAGCCAAGAUCAUCAUCCCAGACAUAACGCAUUUCGCCCCAGGUCAUGUUAUGCAGCCUCACACUAUCCAUCCCAGCACGUUUGACUCUCUCUUCCAACUUGAGCCCGUCUGUUUCCGUCGAGAAGGUCUUAUGGCUCCCAUCAUGCCCACCAACCUCGGUCAAAUCUCUGUCGCCGUGGACAUGGCCAGCGCGCCUGGUACAGAGAUUGUGGUUGCUUUGCAACAUUGGCAGCAUACGCCUCGAGAUUCGACUUGUGCUUUCUAUGCUUAUCAGAAGAUGCAAGAUGGAUCAUACCGACCAGUCGUCACAUGCAAUGACGCAAGGUCUCAGGCUGUUGGAGAGGGCGAUGCGGAUGAUGAAGCCAACAGCAAGAUGACUUACCGUGUAGAUUGGAAGCAAGACGUUGACUUCAUGAACAACCAGGACUUUAAGUCCCUGCCUUCGGGCAUUGACGAUGGCUCGUUCUCCGAGGGCCACCAAACUCAGCUCGCUGCAUACAUGGAGGCACUUACUUACAAGACUCCCAACAUGGACGUCCUGGUGGUCGGUGCUGGACCCAGCGGUGCUGGACCCAGCGGUGCAACUUUGGGAUUGAUGGAGACGAUUAAAUCUCAGAGUCAAUCGCCUUUCACCAUGUAUACCUACACCGACGUGUCUCCCGAGAUGAUUGAACAAGCUCGCGGAAAAUUCGGCGAUUGGACCUCUCCGAUUGACUACAAGAAGCUCGACAUCUCUCAAGAUCCUCUCGCUCAGGGUCUCACCGCAAAGAGUUUUGAUCUUGUUAUUUCAUCUAACGUUACAUACAAUUCCACUGGAAUUGACACUGCACUCGGUCAUAUCAAGAAUUUGAUGAAACCUGGUGGUCGACUCAUUCUUCUGGAGCCGAUCGCUUCAGGCGGUCGUGUCUAUGAACAGUCCAGGAGUUCAACUCAAUGGGAUGCCAACUUUAGAGAACUUGGCUUUAGUGGCUUGGAACAUGUCUUUACUGAUGACAGUGACCGUGCCAUGUCGCUCAUGGUGACCCGACUGCUGCCUUCUGAUGCCACUCAACAGGACAAUAAGACUGUGAAGCUACUUCUGGGAAGCCCAGGCAACGCAGAUCAAGAUGCUCUGGGUCAGAUUCUAUCGCGAACUCUGAUUCAAAGAGGUCUGGACUGUACCGUACAUGAGUUCGAUCAUUCAUCUGACAAGAGCUCUCCACAAGUUACAAUUGUGAUUGACUCAGUCGAACAAUCACUUCUCCUGGCUCCCAGUCCAAAGACCUUUGAAAGCCUCAAGAAACUGAUGCUCCGCGGUGGAGACGUUCUUUGGUUAAGCUUUCAAUCCACAAAGGAUUCCCAGGAUAAGGCAGCCUUGAAGAAGAUGGCGAGUGGUAUGGCUAGAGUCCUGCGACGCGAGAACCCGAGCUUGCGAUUAAUCACGGUCGAUGUUCAGGGUCCUAUCCAAACUUCCAUCGACCAGAACCAGGCCGAGAACAUUGUUAAGUUGGUAGCAGAUGUAGCCUUUGCCUCUUUCUGGCCUUCCAACGGCCUUGACUCAGCGGAACAUGAGUAUGUCAUCCGAAACGGAAAUGUUGUCAUCCCCAGAGUCGUCCCUGAUGAUCGCCUCUCAACACACAUCGACAGCCGCAUCAAUCCUCAGCGUAACAUGAGUGGUGAUUCAGCUCUAUUUCCUUGCUCUUAUCUAGACAGCAAGAGGCCUAUCAAGUUCGAUAUCCGUGUACCUGGCCUUCUCAAAACUAUCCGCUUCGUGGACAACGACGACCUACUCACUCCUCUAGGCCCUGAUGAGGUACAGAUUGAGGCUCGUGCGUAUGGCGUCAACUUUAAGGAUGUCCUUAUUGCUUUAGGUCAGAUGCCACCUGCGACACAGAUGACUGGUGAGGUUGCAGGUGUUAUCACUGCUGUUGGAUCCAACGUUCAAUCAUGGAAGACGGGCGACAGAGUCUCCGCGCUCUUCGUGACACAUUUGGGCAACCAAGUUCGUGUCAAGAGUAGUAACAUUGCUGCUAUUCCCGACUCUGUCAGCUUCAUCGAUGCUGCAUCCAUUCCCCUCAUCUUUGUCACUGCUUGGUACUGCCUCAAUCAAGUCGCUGGACUAGAGAAGGGACAAAGUGUCUUGAUUCAUGCUGGUUCAGGUGGUGUGGGACAGGCCGCUAUCCAGCUUGCGCAACUGGUUGGGGCUGAAGUUUUCACCACCGUUGGAAGCAUUGCGAAGAAGAAGCUCAUCCAGGAGCGAUACGGAAUCGAUGAUGGUCACAUCUUCUCAUCACGAUCCGGCGCUUUCAAGAAACAGAUCUUCGAUGCGACCGGAGGCAACGGUGUUGAUGUGGUCUUGAAUUCACUUUCCGGACAGCUUCUUCGUGAUAGUUGGGAGUGUCUUGCACCAUUCGGUACAUUCUGUGAGAUUGGCAAAGCAGACAUCCUUAGUCGCGGGCAGCUCAACAUGGCCAAGUUUGACAAACAAGCGACUUUCGCUGCUGUCGACAUCUUCUACAUGCAUCAGAAACGCCCAGAAAGAGUCGUCCGUGGUAUUCAAGAAGUCUUGUCCAUGGUCGAUCAAGGUUCGUUGAAGCCUGUUCAUCCUGUCACUACUUUUGACAUGGCAUCUGUCGAGCAGGCUUUCUCUUUCAUGGCUGAGAGGAAGCAUACUGGCAAAUUGGUUCUGCUUGCUGACGAGACGACGCUUGUGCAAGCUACGCGACCCAAGGCUCCUGCGCUGAGCCUACACCAGGAAGGUACAUAUGUUAUUGGUGGUGGCCUUGGUGAUAUUGGUAAGAAGAUUGGCCGGUUCUUGGCUGAGCAAGGAGCCGGGCAUAUUGUGGCUCUGACACGUCGCGCUGCCGAGUCUGUAUCUCAGCAGCCUGCGAUGGUUGAGUUCACCGAGUCUAUUCGUCAAUUGGGAGGCGCUCUCCAUAUUGUCCAGUGCGACGUUGGUGAUGAGACAAGCACCAGAAAUGCUGCCCAGAAGCUAGCACUACUUGGCCUUCCACCUAUCCGAGGUAUUAUCCAGAGCGCGACGGUCCUACGCGACAGACCAUUGGAGAAUAUGGAGGUUGAUGACUGGAAUGAGUCUGUGAAGCCCAAGGUCCAGGGUACACUCAACAUGAACGACUUCUUCUGUUCUCCCGAAAGUACCGACUUCUUCGUCAUGCUUUCGUCAGUUGCCAGUGUCGUUGGUUCCGCUUCACAAAGCAACUACGCCGCUGGAAACGCGUUCCUUGAGGCCUUUGCGCACGCUCAGACACAAGCUUCGCGCGGGGCCACCAAGUAUGCGACGGUCAAUGUUGGCGCUGUUGAAGGUUCCGCACUAGUAUCAGGUGUUCAAGAUCAAGGUAUUGAUAUCACUAGCACCAUUGGUUCUGUCUCGUUUGAUGAAGUACUUGCUGCGCUCGAAUACGCCAUGAACCCUCAAGCUCGAAGCGACCCUACCGUGGUCCAGCAUCUCAUGCAUUUCAGCCGUGAUAAGAUGGAGGCUUCUUCUGGUCCCUGGGCCCUGAGCGACCCUAUCUACGACCAUAUCCCCAGUAAGAUGAGGCUGGAGGGAAGGUCUGCAAGCAAGGGUGGUGAUGCGAAGAAGCAAACCAUCCUACAGGCUGUGGAAGAGACAGACACUAUGGCCGAAGCCGAGGUCAUUGUCAAGCAAGCUUUACUCGACAAGUUCGAGGCCUUCAUCGGUGAUGAUGUCCCCGAUGUCCCCAUCGCGGCCCUUGGACUUGACUCGUUGGUCUCAAUUGAAUUGAAGAACUGGGUCAGACAUACGUUCAAGACACCACUUCAAAUCUCAGAGCUUACCAGUGCUCCCAGCAUGCUUGCUCUCGCGAGACUGAUCAUCUCCAGAAUGGUCCUCAAGUUCAACUCUGCGGGCGGUGUUCCUGUUGAAACUGAAAAGGCUGAGAGACAAGUCCCUACUGCUCGGCUACCAGUAAUUGAGCCAGCGAUCUCAUCUGAAUCCUCUGAUGCUGCACUCAGUGAUGACGCGACCGACGAGACGAGCAGUGUCAGCGAACCAGACUGGCACGGAAAGAACUGUUGCAAGAGCUACACGGAGCUUCCAGUCAUGCCUCUCCCCGACCUCGAUGAGACACUCGAUUACUGGCUGGAGUCCAAUGAACACCUCUUCAACACUGAACAGCUUGAGUCCAUCCACCGAGACAUCCAAUCUAUGCGUUCUACCGACAGCACCGCCCGUCUCGUCCUGCGGGAUCUGUACUCGAAGCAUUCUGACGACCAGACAAACAGCUGGUUCACCGAAAUUGUCACCAACGCCCGUUUCCUAUGCCGACGAGCCCCCGUGGCUCCAUGGACGAGCAUCAUGAUUUCACAGCGUGACAGUCCCGGCAAAAGACACACUCAAGUCGAGCGCGCCGCCAUCAUCACUUCGUCGGCUGUCUCAUUCAAGCGAGCAAUGCUCGCCGGAGAGGUUGAACCUCUUGAGAUUGCUGGUAAGCCAGAGUGCACUUGGGGAUGGACAUGGCUGUUCAACUCAACUCGCGUGCCACAACCCAACUGCGACAAGGUAGAGAGCUAUGCUUCAUCCAUCACAAGAGAUCACGUCGCUGUCUUGAGGAAGGGUCGAGUCUUCAAGGUGAUGCUUCAGGAUGAGACUAACAAGGAUGUGUCCUUGCCUCAGCUUGAAGGAAUAUUUGAAGCUAUCAUAGCGCAAGUCGGGGAGUCCUGGGCUAAGAACCGAGGUACCCUUCUGGGGCUGAGCCCUGCCAACGUAGACUACUUCCACGUUCUCGACUCUGCCAUGUUCGUACUAUGCCUCGACUCCGGCAGUCCUGAGACUCCCAAUGAGAUCGCGCGAGGGGGUUACAUCGGAGACGGAGUCAACCGUUGGUUUGACAAGGUGUUGCAGUUCUACGUGAGCGCUAACGGUCGAUCGGGCAUGCUCACUGAGCAUGGCAUUCUCGAUGGUACAACUGCUACGGGUCUGCUGGACUGGAUCUCAAAGGCCAUGGACGCCCACACUUCCAUUCAAUCUGCUGGACAUCAAUCUUCCGUUGAUGUUUCAAUUGAGGAGGUCGUGUUACAAAUGACACCUGAGCUUGAACAGCAUGCAGUUGCUCUUCGCGAGAAGUACGAGCGGGCUACUUCCAAGUCCACGUACGUGCGUGAGCAACUCAAGGAGUUUGGUACCGAUUUCCUCCUUCAAUCGCGUGUCCCUGUGAAGGGAGUCAUCGACGUGACAUUUCAACUCGCCAUUCGUCUCUUCUUCGGUAAGAACAUGUUAUCAUGGGAACCGACCAGUGGAACCCUCUUCCACGCUGGUCGUCCCGAUGCCAUGCAGCGCUCUACACCCGCUGUCAACGCCUUCUGCGACGCUGCUUCUGGGUCGUCGCGAGACUUCACUCAACUUCGCGCUCUCUUGCUCGAAGCCACAAAGUCCAUCAAUGCAGGCAUGAAAACGCAACUUCUCGGCCGCGGUUCGCAGCGCCUAUUUGAGGUUCUAUCCUACUCUUGGCCCGAGAGCAUACCCAAGCCUUCUUUCCUAAGUGAUAUGGUCUUCUUCGGUUGGCCCAGUCCACCUAUCUUUGCCCAAACCAACUCAUUGGAGGGUAAAAUGACAGUGGAGGAUUUUGUGCAUUUAAUGCCUGACACAGAGGGAUUCUGGUCAUUUAUCAGUCCUGAAAAGAACUUGCUUUCAGUGUCUUUGACCGGUGGGUCGGAGAGAACAGGCGCUUUUGUGGAGGAGCUUCAUCGUGCGGCGGCUAUCAUUCGCGAUAUCGUGCAAGUUCAUGUUUAA